AUGUCUUCAUCUGAGCCAAAAGUGCUCGUAUUCGGGUCUAUCAACAUUGACGACUUUUUCGCAGUACCGCAUAUCGUGCAAAGUGGAGAGACACUACUCAGUACUGGAUAUCAAAAGAGAGCAGGUGGAAAAGGAGCAAAUCAAUCUGUUGCCAUAGCCAAAGCAGCUAUAAAGAACGUCUAUCAUGCUGGGAAGAUUGGUGAAGAUGGUGAAUGGAUUAAGGAUUACAUGACCUCUAUUGGUGUCAAUAUGGACAACGUACACGUGUCCAAGUCGCAGUCGACGGGCAGAGCUAUUGUUCAAGUAUCAAGGGCGACACAUGAUAACGCGAUUGUACUCCUUUCUGGUGCCAAUCAUCAAAUAACAUCUCAAGAUGCUACAAACGUGCUGGGACAUUUCAAUAGGGGAGACUGGCUGGUAAUGCAGAAUGAGAUAAAUGAUGGAGGGGCAAUCGUGAAACUAUUCAAAGAUAAAGGUCUGGUUGUCGUAUUUAACCCCGCGCCAAUGGUUCCAAACAUCACCGAACAAUUCGAUUUCUCCCAUGUUGACCACUUGAUCCUCAAUCAACACGAGGCGCGCCAAAUCCAUCCUCAACUCUCACUGUCCCGUAAUUCCGAUAGCAAACAGCGGUCUGACGAUAUUGCUGGAAGAGAGACUGACGACAUCUCAGACUUGCGUAUAAUAAUGAAUGAUAUAUCUGCGGCUUUUCCUCGUAUCACUACAAUCAUAAUAACACUCGGUCGACAUGGUGUGAUUGCUAAAUUCAAAGGAGACGAUGACGUGUUUCAAUGGGAUGCAGUAAAGUCUGUAGCUAGGGAUACAACCGCUGCCGGUGACUGCUUUACCGGUUAUUAUGUGGCUGGUCUGAUACGGGGAUUUUCUGUCGAUGAACCUGUAAGCGGAGAGAGAAUGAAAAAUGCAAUCAAGAUGGCCACUGUUGCCAGUGGGCUGGCUGUGACUAGAGAGGGUGCAAUGGAUAGUAUCCCAACUAUGGAAGAGGUUGAAGCACGGAUGAUUGAAUUAAAAUGGAUUUGA